GAUUGUAUAUCCACAGUUAUACUGAAACACAGCUCAUUGUAGAUACUUCAAGGGGAGGAAAAUUACAUAUACAUUUUGAUAUCACUUUUCCAGCUGUUCCAUGUUCACUGCUCAGUCUUGAUGCCAGGGAUAUUAGCGGAGAAGAACAUUUUGACAUACGACACGAUAUAUUCAAAAAGAGGAUUGACUCCCAUGGAGCUGUUAUUGAAGUCAGACAAGAUGGAAUUGGUGCUCCCAAGAUCGAGAGGCCUUUGCAGAAGCACGGUGGCAGACUUGAGCACAAUGAAACAUACUGUGGUUCAUGCUUUGGUGCAGAAACGGCAGAUGAUGAAUGUUGUAAUACAUGUGAAGAAGUUCGUGAAGCAUAUCGAAAGAGAGGCUGGGCGAUAACAAAUACUGAUUUAAUCGAUCAGUGUAAAAGGGAAGGUUUUGUCCAAAAGAUUAAAGAUGAAGAAGGUGAAGGAUGUAACAUCCAUGGAUCUCUAGAGGUCAAUAAAGUGGCUGGGAAUUUUCACUUUGCUGCUGGAAAAAGCUUUCACCAGUCAAGCUUUCAACUCUUCGAACUGAUUGCCUUACAAUCAGAUACUUAUAAUAUCAGUCAUAGGGUAAACAAGAUAGCUUUUGGCGACUCUAUUCCUGGAGUUGUAAAUCCACUUGAUGGGGUUCACUGGACGCAGGAAGCACAGCAUGGAGUGUAUCAAUACUUUCUAAAAGUGGUCCCUACAAUAUAUAAAGGUUUUAGAGGCCGUACUAUUGAUUCAAAUCAGUUCUCAGCGACCGAGCAUUUCAAGAGUUCAGAGAUGGGUCUUUUCCAAUCACCUCCCGGAGUUUACUUCUUUUAUGACCUCUCGCCAAUCAAGGUGACUUUCACGGAGCAGCAUGUGUCAUUCUUUCAUUUCCUCACCAGCGUUUGUGCAAUUAUUGGAGGUGUCUUCACAGUUGCUGGAAUAGUAGAUGCAUUUAUUUACCAUGGUCAAAAGGCGAUAAAGAAGAAAGUGGAACUCGGGAAGUUUGGGUAAUGACACUACUGCAAGCUAGCGCUUUAUCAUUUUCGACUUCGACUUCAGGUCUUCAGCAGUAGCUAGUGCAUAGUACUGGAUAUUUGUUCAUUUCUCUCCAUCCUCGGGCCUUCUGAUGGUUUUGUUUGGUUAUUUAUUAUGUAUAAGCCUUCCAACAAAAAGGAAGACAUAUGCAUCAGUUUCGAAGGGUAAAAUACGUUAAGAAGGGCAAAAUUCCACAACUGCAGAAUAUGAAUAACUUCUGUAGUUUCUGCUGCAACUCAUUCUCAUUGUGCUUCGUAUUUCACCUGUGAGUUAGAUGAUCUUAGGUAUUGUACUUCUGUUCAAUUGAUAGAGAUGAUCUUUUUUGUAGCUUGGACUGAAUUUUGCAUGCCGAAUUUUCUCCCAGAAACAGAGUAAAUUGUAAUUGUUGAGUGGUAUAAGUUGACUUUUGUCCACUGAA